AUGCGCGGACCAUUUUUCUCGGCGAAAUCCGCGCGGCUGACGUGCGCCCGGGCAAGGGUCCGUAAUCGUCCCGUGAUAAAUGACCGGCCGGGUGACACGGACGGACUUAAGGACACCCGGUUAACCGGGUCACAGCCGUGCGAGAUACAGGUCGCCGCAGAUAGGGCCGGAUUGAUGGAUCCUGCGGCUUGCCCGGUGGAGGGUACGCAGCCGAAACGCCAAUCAACAAAGACGCCAUGUGUCCGGAUGAUUCCGGACGAACGGCGCGCGCUGCGGGUCCCGGAUAUCGCGUCCGAACGGAACGCCCGGUCAACCGGC